AGGAAGAGGAACCGCGGGUUUGUUCUGUGCCAGUUACAGCUGGAAUUUCAUAUUGUUUUAUGGUGCGUGUGACACCCCACCCACAUGAUGGGCAUGUGGGUGGGGUGUCAGUAACACUCUUUUAACAGUCCGCUCCUGUUGAGGCCAGUUUUAGUUUUCUUUGCGCUGAAGGCAAUUUGGCUUUUAAUGAUGGAGGAAGAAGUCAAUUAUUCCACAAUGGUUUUCAAAACUGGUGCUUCACUAACAAAAGAAAAAAUCCCGGACUCAACCAUUUAUUCUGAAGUUAAAUCUAAAGCGCCUGCUGGUCCUCCUCCUGCACCUGAAAAAAACGAGGACCCAGCCAUUUAUUCUGAAGUUAAAUCUAAAGCGCCAGCUGGUCCUCCUCCUGCACCUGAAGCAGAAGGCAAAGCAGCUGCAUGCUCCAAUUUCCGUCUACUGCUGGCAUGUUUGGAGAUCCUUUGUGUCCUCCUGCUGGUGGGCAUCAUCGCCAUCAUCUACAUGAGUUUGCUAUUUAAGGUACAGGCAGCAAACCUCAGUAACCUCACAGCAGAACAUCAGCAGUUGGCCAUGGAGAAGGAAAUCUCAGACAAUAAAACUCGGGAGCUGAGAAGACAGAGAGACAAUCUCAACUGCACGCUGGAAGUCAUCCUGAAGUUUGAUAACUUUCCAGUAAAAGAUUACUGUCCUAAUAAACAGUGCCAGCCAUGCCGCAGUGGCUGGAUCCUAUUUAAGAACAAGUGCUACCUGUUUUACAAUGAGAACGCCCCCUGGAAAACUUGGGAGGAAAGCCGAGUGUAUUGCAAAGGCAAAGCUGCAGAUCUGGUUGUUGUUGACGAUCUCAAAGAGCAGGAAUUUCUCAGUAGUCACAUAAAAUCUUACUUUAGUAAAGACCACGGAUACUUUAUUGGGUUACAGAAGACAGCAAAUAACUGGGUCUGGAUUGAUGGACACAAUGACACGCUGAGUUACUGGAUGAAGGAGCUGUCAGACACUUCAGUCUCAUAUGUGCUGAUCAUCCCUGGGACGAAUGCCACAAAAAGCUGGGUCAAAGCGAACGGUCACUUUCAGAACAAAUUCAUCUGUGAGAUAGACGCCCUGCUUUUGUCCACUUAGUUCCAGCUGCCGUUCUCUGUGUGCUCUUCCACGUUGCCAUCCAUGCUCCAGAUACUGUCUGCAUUAUUCGUUUCUCAUCUUUAUAAUGGAGGAUGGAGAACUUGUAGUUUUUCAGCUGCUGCAACUAUUUAUGAAAACAGACUUUGAGCAGACCAGUGUGUGUGUCGCCAAAAGGCAGAAAUAAUGCAACACUGUACUUUUACACCGCACAACAUUGCAUGUAUUGAUUACAUAAUUCAUGUUGCAAGUUCCAUCCCGUGUCAACCUCAACGCUGUCUCCAUCUGUCUCUGUUGUAAAGUGACGGAGGUUCAAGGAAAAGUUGAAAGUUCAACUUUUGGGGUUUUGUUAAUCAUCUAUUUAAAAUAACAGCGUGAUGCAGAUGUUUUAAAGCCCUUUUUGAUGGAAAGACAGUCACUGCACUUCACAUGUUCAGCAGGCAUAUUUAUCUUUUUAACUUUUUGAUUCAUCUAGGAAGAAAUUUGAGAUACAGUAACACUUUAAGGAUUUUUCUGAGCCACCGUAGCAAUGACAAAGGGUCGAGUCAACAAGAUUUUUCGACCGUUUUGUUAUUUUUAAUAGUGAAGUGAGGAUAGUGUUCAGCAUCUGAACACUCACUGAGCUGUCAGUUUAAAGAAACAUUUAAAUCACAACCAACACUGAUGUUGAAACUCAGGUAAAUGAAGGUCGAACAUAUAUUUAAUUAAUGAAAUGAUCCAAAAGAUCAUAAAAAGACACAUUUAUUCUACUAUUCAGUUUUUUAAUCUUUGGUGACUCGAACCAAGAUAUUUGGUUGGAAUUGAAGGCAAAAGGGUCAUUUAUUGUUGUUACCAUGGACGCAUUCUUCUCACAUCUUGAUUAAAGGAACAGUUCACCCAAAAAUCUUUUCCCCCUCUGGCCUGUAGUGCUAUUUAUCCAUCUGGGUUAGAGUUGCCAGGUUUUCCAGAUAUCCACUGAAGACACAUCUGCUUUCUCUUAAAUACAGUGGGAGUACAUGUGACUCACCUUGUGGUGCUGAAAAACAUUUGAAAAACUCAGCAGUAAUAUCUCUUUUUAGAGAUCACUCGUGGUUACUCAAGAAGGGAAACAAAUUCCUUGUUUAGGCGUUUUAACGUAGGAACUAUUUUAUUUUCUAUCAUCUUCACAAAAAAGCUUACAGCUAAUCAACAUUACAGCUCAGGAAACAAGAAUCUCAUCAAAGUUUACAUCUGUCACAAGUGUGUGCGUCUUGUCCCAGGAACACGCUGACACACCUGUCAGGUGACUAAAACUCUGCAAAUGAUCUACGCACAUGAAUAUUUUCUAAUUCCUACAAAAGAUACAAACAUGUUGUAUAUUUGUUUACUUUGUUGUUUAAAAUGUUUAUUUACGCAAAGACAAUUUUAAAUAAAAGAAUCAAAAGUA